CUUCUCUGCCUCAGCUGAAGAACAAACCGACGCAGCUGGGUUGCAUCAACUAUCAAUCCUUUACAGCUAAAUCGAAGCAUUUUUUCAAUCCCUUUAAAUUCGGCACCAGCUUAUUUUUGCAGAAUUAAAUAGAAACGCUAAGCAUAUGAAAUAACUGUCAAUUAGCCGAAACCAUAGAAACAGGCUAGAGGCAAAGAAGCCAAAACAAAACAUUAAAACCCGGCAAACAAAGAGGUCCUUCUUUCAACGCCAACAUUUUUCCUCCAUAUUCAAUAGUUAUGAGUCAUGUGGCCGUCGAAAAUGCCCACGGUCUAGAGCAGCAGCUCGCUGUCCUAGACUUGAGUGCUCCGGAUGGACAAGGCGGAGGUACUAAUAGGCGAUACAUUCCUCCACAUUUACGAAACAAGGAUGCAUCUAAAAAUGUGGGAAAUGCCUUUGCUGCUGGCCGACCAGGGGGCUACACCAUAGCGCCUGCAGCAAACUAUGGGUGGGAUGCAGGGCGCAACAACUUUGUCAACGGCUACCACGACAACCGCAUGGCUGGCAACUCCUUUAACCGCGGUCCGCCACGUAUGGAACGGGGUCGCGGCGGUGUUGCCGGAGGCAGUUUCCGCGGUAACAGGGGGGGCUCAUUCAACCCCAUCAACCCAGCUCAGCCUAUAAGCUUUGAUGCUACUGGCUGGAACCCAACCAAAGAGGCUUAUGGCAGCUUUGGCAACAACCGAGGAAAGUCUGCAUUCUUCAACGACAGAGGCAACGCCAACCGAGGAAGGUUUGAUCACGGCGGAUUUGGUGGCGGCGGAGGAGGAAACAGUCGCUGGGUGGAAGAGGCAAGGGACGAUGGAGACUGGUCCAAGCCAAUGCCGCGCAACGAGCGCCUUGAACACGAGCUGUUCUCCGGCAGCAACACUGGGAUCAACUUUGAGAAAUACGAUGACAUUCCCGUCGAGGCUACAGGACAAAACAGCCCUCAUCACAUCGAGAGUUUCCAAGAUGUCGACAUGGGGGAGAUAGUGAUGGGCAACAUUGCUCUGAGCCGCUACACCAGACCAACUCCUGUACAGAAAUAUGCCAUUCCAAUAGUGAAGUCCAAGAGAGACCUGAUGGCCUGCGCACAGACGGGAUCUGGAAAGACGGCGGCGUUCCUGCUUCCCAUUCUCAGCCAGAUCUACACAGACGGACCAGGAGAGGCUCUGAAUGCCGCCAAAGCCUCAGGACAGGACAAUGGAAAAUAUGGCCGACGUAAGCAGUACCCCAUCGCACUGGUUCUGGCUCCUACCAGAGAACUGGCGCUGCAAAUAUACGACGAAGCCAGGAAGUUUUCCUACCGCUCCAGAGUGCGUCCCUGCGUGGUGUAUGGAGGAGCGGAUAUUGGCCAGCAGAUUAGAGACCUGGAGAGAGGCUGCCACCUACUGGUAGCAACACCUGGUAGACUUGUGGAUAUGAUGGAGAGAGGCAAGAUUGGAUUAGACUACUGCAACUAUCUGGUCCUGGAUGAAGCAGAUCGCAUGCUGGACAUGGGCUUUGAGCCCCAGAUAAGACGCAUUGUGGAACAGGACACCAUGCCACACAAAGGCAUCAGACAGACCUUGAUGUUCAGCGCUACGUUUCCUAAAGAGAUCCAGAUUCUAGCAAGGGAUUUUCUGGAGGAUUACAUCUUCCUGGCUGUGGGCAGAGUGGGUUCCACCUCAGAGAACAUCACACAGAAAGUUGUGUGGGUGGAAGAGAGCGAUAAGAGAUCUUUCCUCCUUGACCUGCUCAGCGCUACAGUCAUCCCCAACGAGGUACAGGACAAUACUGGAGACAACGUAGAGAAACCUGGUAAGGACUCCCUGACCCUUGUUUUUGUGGAGACCAAGAAAGGAGCAGACGCCUUGGAGGACUUCCUGUACCGGGAGGGGUACGCCUGCACCAGCAUCCACGGCGACCGCUCCCAGAGAGACCGCGAGGAGGCACUGAACCAGUUUAGAUCGGGAAAGUGCCCCAUUCUGGUUGCAACUGCGGUUGCAGCUCGAGGUCUGGACAUCUCCAACGUGAAACACGUCAUUAACUUUGACCUUCCGAGUGACAUAGAGGAGUACGUCCAUCGUAUCGGACGUACGGGGCGAGUCGGAAACCUGGGCCUGGCCACAUCGUUCUUUAACGACAAAAACGGGAACAUCACAAAGGACCUGCUGGAUAUCCUGGUAGAAGCUAAACAGGAGGUUCCCUCAUGGCUGGAGAGCCUGGCUUAUGAGCACCAGCACAAGAGUAGCAGCAGGGGGCGCUCUAAGAGGUUCUCUGGUGGUUUUGGAGCUCGGGAUUAUCGGCAGACAGCCGCUGGAGGCAGCGCUGUGGGAUUCGGGGGGCGAGGAGGACGCAACCAGCAAGGACAUGGAGGAAACCGUGGCUUUGGAGGAGGUGGUUUUGGGAACUUCUACACAAGCGACGGCUAUGGAGGAAAUUACUCACAUUCUCAAGUGGACUGGUGGGGCAAUUAGGUGUCUCCAUUCCACCUCACCUCGUCUUUCUUUCCCCCUUUAACUCUCCAUCAUUUCCCCCAACCAUGUCGUCUCCAUCCCAUCCGUCGUGUCACCUCUAUUAUUCCCUGGAACCUCCAUGCAUGUGAUUAAACUAUUUAUACUCAUUUAUAUAGCCCCUCCUUCUAUUCCCAGUCAGUCACGUCUUAUUAGCUUUAGAUUUCUCUUGUGAUUUCCAUCUUCAUUUUUCUCUACAAAGGUUUCCGUUCCUAAUUUUCUGCCCAAUCCUCGUAAUGUUGGCCACUUUUUAUAAAGGAUCUUGGAUUUCUUUUGUUGUUACAUCCUGACUUCCCAGUAAAGAUCUUUUCAAAUCCCCAAAAAUAGGAAAUCUGCAGGCAUUUGUAGGCAGGGUAACAUCCUUUUUCUGACCUUUAGCUUCAUGCAUUUUGGUUGUUUUUUCCCUCCAUUUGACCACAGUCAGACAGGCUCCCUGUGUAACUGUAUUAAAUGCAUGGCCGUGUCGUAAAGCAACGGCCAAAAAACUGGGCAAGACUGCAAAGCUAAUAUUUCUGCAGAAAUUCAGACUGAAGAACUUUUUGUUCUCCUUUAUUUAAAUAGUAGAAAGAACCUUUAGCUCUUUUUCACUUAAAGCAUCAAUAAUUGAAUUACUGGUGUCUGACAAAACGACAAACCAGGCCAUGAAACGCCAUCUUUUCCCACUUGAAGGCAGAAAAAAACUUGCAUUUCUUCCAACUCCCACCAAUGUAGAGAAUCUUUUUGUUUCUGUACUGUGCCUUUAAGAAUUUAAACUAUGUAUGUUGCUUUUCUCACGAUAAUAUCUAACUGGCUGCAAGUAUAGUGUAAAGGUUACUGUAUUUAAUGUAGUGUGGGGGUUAAACACGCACUUCUUCACUCCCAUUUGGAUGAAUCCAAACUAGGCUUGAAGUAAAUCAAACCUUGGCAAAAAAAAAAUACAAAAAAACAACCUAAAACAAAUGAGGAAGGUUUAGUCCUCAUGUCCUCUAGAGAUAUUAACCAGAAAGCUCUUAUGAGGCAUUUCCCUGAAACUUAUAACCUCUGCAAACACAUUUCUGUGUCGUUUAAACUUAUUCGUUUUAGGAUUUGGGGAAUAAAUCUUGUUUAAAUCCAGAGCACCAAUUGGAGCCUGCAGCUCGGCUUCCCACAGCCUGUGUCACUAAUUGUCACCUACAGACUAAACCUGGUACUGCAGCAUUAGAAAUGCUCUUUCAUGUUACUGCACCUGGUAAAAGGGUUGAAGUGUCCAAAUAAGUCGGUCCAGGAGUUUUUCAGUAAAUCAGACAAGAUUUAAAGUACCAAACAGAUUUUUGUUUUUUUUAGCUGACUCUUAGUGCCACCACGCUCAUGGGAAACCGAAUCUACUUCCUCCUCAAACCUUAGUCUUUUUUUGUUUUGUGUUGUUUUUAUCCUGCAACUCUAAAAGGUAAGUUAAAGAAAAACAUGCUCACUCUAUCCUGGAGAGUUUAAUGAAACAUCUUCUUUAGAAUAAAUCUUUCCUUUUUUAUUUAAAUUUUGUUUUAUUUUCUGUUCAGUCCUUAAAAUCUAAGUAAAAAGUUGGAGUUACUAAUUUGUACUCUGACAACUGGGGCUUCCUGAAGAUGUAAUGCUUCAUUUCCAGAGCACCUUGUAGCUACGUACUAGAACCACUUUCUGUGCAAACUAAACCUAAUAAGGAUUUUCCACCAUCUUGUUGCUACCUUUUGUUUGCAACAUGUUGAAUUGGUCGAGGCACUGAACAGACAUACAGCUGCUAAUUAUUCACCCACUGGUUGCAGGAAGUUAACAAAAGGUCAGGUUCAUGAAUCUGAGCAGCUAAAAUGUGCUAGUGUGUGGAGGGGGAAAAAAGCUCUGAUCCUUAGGAAGCCCUGUUUGGCUUUGCAGAUAAAGCUAAAGCUCAAAGCCGACUCUGCACAUAAGAUAUCCAAACUUAUUUUCCUUGAUUUAAAUAAAACAAAUCCAUGUAAAUAGCUGAAAUCAAGAGGAAUUUCCACAAAAAAAAAAUGUGAAGGAUUAGAAGUGUGCAAAACGAAUCACUCAACAUGGACCAGACUGUGUCUGGGAAGCUUUGUUCAGUGGGCAGUGGACAGGGAUCAAUAACAUCCUUUCUUCAGUAAUCUGCUGCCUCGAACAAAGCCGGACCAAGACAAUAAAACAUAUGCGAGUGUUGUUGUUUUUUUGGUCAAGGAGUUAAAAACGCUGAGCAGAUUGAUGUAGAUCUAAAGCAGGCUUUAGUGACAAAUACCCGAUUUUCCAAUCCUGUAAAUUUUUUUUCUUCUGUUUGACUUUUAAUUGAAAUUGUCCAGUUAUUCUUUAGCUCCAGUUCCGUCACACGUGUAACUGAAACUAUUUCGCUUUAUUGUUAUAAAUGAAGCGUUUUCCAGUAAGAACAGAAGACGGCUGUUACGGGAUGCUUUGUCGCACUCCACUGUCUCAUUACACUUUAUAGCCAUUUAUCAAAAAAACAAAAACUGAAAUUUAGAUGCAUUCUUCGCUUCGUUAAACAAAUUCACCUCAAAGUCUGAGUGAUCGGUUUAUGAGCUACACUUAAAUGUGGCUCAUUAGAGGACUUUUAGCCCCUCAGUUUUUUUUUUUUUUUUUUUUGAUUCUUGCAGCAAUGGUUGAUAGUCUCCAUAUUAAAUUUCUUCAUAGAACAGCUGCUUGAUGUGAGCAAAUAACCAGCACCGAGAUAGAAUCUGUAAAGGUACAAUAGUUGCUAUCGACAAUCAACUUUGAAGGACAAACCUGAGUUUAAAAAUUCUCGCAUUUGGCUGUCAUGUCUCCAUGCAGCUGUCCAGCUUCAAAGCAGUGUCUUCCAUGAUGAUAAAAAGCAACCAUAGUUGAGGGCAAUCCUUCAAACCCGUAAAUUGGUUUGACUCACUGAGGCUAACCACUAUUAAGCUGUUUGAAAUCGGAACAACCGACUUCAGAUUUUGACCGUGUUGCGAGCUGUGUUACCGUUACGUUUACCAUUAAAAUAUGGAUACCGUCACCAUUUGUUACUUGAAUACGAAGCGGCUGCUGCUCCCAAGCAGCCACUUUUACUUAUGUAUUAUUCUCGUUGUUAUUGUUAAAGUUAAAUCACGUUCCCUGAUUGAGUACAGUACAAGUUCUAGAAAAUGCUGUGCCUUCUACUGACCACUAGGGGGCAAUGAAGGAAUAAGCACUUUGUUGGCAGCUGCAUGUUUUGAUAUAUUUUUUUUCUAUUAUUCUAAGCGGUGGAAGGUAAAUUGUUUACUUUAAUAUUUGUAGGCCACUCCUGUCAAAUAGAAGUCCGAUAUGCAAUGCACGUCCGUUUUAUGAACAAAUUGCACUGUUAGUUGUUUUUGCCAAAUAAAUCGAGCUACCACUGUGUCCCAGAUUUAAAACCUUGAUAACACUGCUGGGCACAAAUUUCUACCAAAGUGAAUUUUUUUUUGCUUGCUUAGAUUAUGUACUCGAAUCCCUUUUUGAUUUUUAUGCUACAUUUAAUUAAUAAUACUGUUAGCAGUUAGCGUGCUAAUGGACUGACCUAUUUCCAAAAUGUGCAUAGUGCCUUGUAAUGACUGAAUUACUUAAUUCAUACAUUGGUUAGGGCUGGGUAUGCUUUCAGUUGGACAUGAAAUCCAGACUAUUGCUCUCUAAAUAUUGAAACUAGGUGUGUAAAUGUGAUAUCUGUAUGUGAAUGUCACAGAUCGACUACCUCAAGGUAUAAUUUAAACAACCAGAGGGGCAUUCAGAGAGCUCAUCCUUAAGGCUGGGGGCUUUAUUUGAUGCCUUUUUUUUUUUAAUAAAGGAAAUUGUUUUGCUAGUGUUGCCAUUUCAUCGGGUUUAAUAAAUUUCAUUGCCAGUAGGGUUUUAACUCAUUACUAUAGGGUGUUUGCACCGUCUGCAGCACAAGCUCUUUUCAGAUACAAAUCAGGCACAAACUGACAAAAUAAUUCUGGUGCUGCUAAAAUGUAAACAUUUUGUGUUAUUACUGUUUUUUUUAGCUACUUUACUUCAGGAAUGUUUGUCAUUCUCAAUUUGCCCAGCAUUAUAGUCCCAUUUGCAGUUGCACAAGGCUGAUUCUCAUGAUUUACAGCUUUAUUAGCAACACGUUUAGCACUUUAAAAGAUCUGCAAAUCCUUGUAGUGUUGCUUGCUAGUUUGCAACUGCAACCAUGCUAAUGUUCAAAAUGCAUUUGCUAGGAUUUUGCAACACUUUUUUUUUUUAUCGUUGACCUGUACCUAUGCAGAAUCUAAAAGCAUGUUUUUACACUCGCUGGUAAAAUGCGAAUAUAGCGAAUUCAUACAGAUCAUUUCAAGCACAUUCUGUAUUUUUUGUGACUAAAACCUUUAUUUACCAGCACUUUAUUUAUUUUUUUUCUAAAACCCAUUGAUGCCUUAUAUUGGUGACGGAUACCCAGCCCUAAAGGAGCAGAUAGUCGCGUUUGUUCCUGACAUGCUCAUUUACGCUGAUGACUCUGUGCUUGCUAAGUUAUUAGCAGGAACGCUAUUAAAGACAUGAAGAACAAUUUAUGGUGCUAUGCUCCCAUUGCUGCGGGCCUGCAGGCCUCCCUGUUGUGAAAUAACUUUGAAUCCUAACAGUGUUUUGCAGAAAAUGCUGUUAAAGCUCGAUUACGUCUUAUGUAGCACUCGUCCUUCAUGCCUCUGGAGAGGUUUUACGAUUGAAGGUAUUUGCGGCGUAGCACAGCAAGGAGAGGUAAGGAACAAUCCUUCCAGAUAGAAAACAGUUUUUAUUUUUAUUAUUUUAUUUUAAUGGGACCAGGUGGAGCUCUAGUCAGCAGCAACUGUAGGAUUCAACCGUUUGCAGAGUCCUUGAGUCUUAGCUGCUAGUUUGUGUAAUUUAUCAAGCAUUUUGGGGGCAAUAUGUUUAUUUUUAUAAGCCUAAUACAAAAGUUGAUGUUUUACAAAGUGACUUGACCAAAAGACAGUAAACAAAAACACUGGCACUUGAAUGUUAAAUGUCGUUGGUAUGAGUGAAAAAAAAAA